GCAUAGCUCAGUUAGAAGAGAACUAGAACCUAUAGGAGAAUCAUAAUACAAGACAUACAGAGAGAUGACUGGAGUAGUACCAUGGAUGAUCCUUGCAACCACCCUACUGCUAGCAACCAUCAGCUUCAGUGCAGCAUCCAGGAUGGCUAAGCCUAGAUGCAGAGGAACAUGCGGCAACCUCACCAUUCCCUACCCCUUCGGCAUCGGUGCUGGUUGCUUCUACACUGAUGGGUUCGACGUUUCAUGCGAGGAGAACCGCACCUACAUGCAUAACUCAAGCAGCAACAUGGAGAUCUACAGCCUCAAUCUGAUUGGAGGGCAGGCUCAAGUCAGCACCUUCAUCGCCGACAAGUGCUCCAACAACACAGAUGGCACUUCAACAGAUGGUUGGGUAUCAACAUCUACUGCUCCUUUUUUCACAUUAUCCAGCAGGGCUAACAAGUUAACGGUGGUUGGAUGCAAUACCCUUGCAUUCCUGGGGGGCUACAACGAGGAAGAACAGAACGUUGGGGCUGGGUGCUUCUCGAUGUGCCCCGACAAGCAGAGUGUGGACAGUAGCGGCCAGUGCUCCGGCAUGGGCUGUUGCCAGACAUCUAUUGCACCAAAUCUCACCUCCUUAAACGUGACAUUCGACAGCAGGUUCAACAAUUCUGAGGUGAACAGCUUCAACCCAUGCAGUUAUGCCUUCGUUGCCGAGCAAGACUGGUUCAGGUUUGAGCCUGAUUACCUAGAAGGUCACAAGUUCACAGACAAGUACAAAGGGGUUCCCACUGUGCUUGAUUGGGUUGCUGGAAGAGAAUCAUGUGCCCAAGCGCCCAAGAACAGGACAUCAUAUGCCUGUGUUAGCACGAACAGCAGCUGCAUCAACUCACCAAAUGCUACCGGGUAUCUCUGUGCCUGCAACAAUGGGUUUGCAGGCAACCCGUACCUGGAAGGAGGGUGCCAAGAUAUCAACGAGUGCGAAUCUCCGGGUCAGUACUGCCAUGGAAUCUGCGACAACACAAUUGGGGGCUACCAUUGCUACUGCGGGCCUGGGACUCAAAGUACAGAUCCAAAGAGAGAGCCCUGCAAUCCAAUAACAGCUUCAGAAAGAGCUAGACUAACAAAAACGUUUAUAGGCAUUUCGGUAUGCGCUAUUAUACUGCUUAGUUGCACUUUUGCACUACUGAUCGAAUGCCAGAAAAGAAAGCUGAUGAAAGAAAAAGAAAGGUUCUUUCAACAAAAUGGGGGUAUGCUGCUGUAUGAGCAAAUCCGGUCAAAGCAAGUUGAUACUGUGAGAAUAUUCACAAAAGAAGAACUAGAGAAUGCAACAGACAAUUUUGACUCAAGCAAAGAACUAGGAAGAGGCGGUCAUGGCACUGUAUACAAGGGGAUCCUCAAAGACAACAGAAUAGUAGCCAUAAAGCGCUCAAAGAUUAUGAAUAUGGUUCAGAAAGAUGAAUUUGUGCAAGAGAUGAUUAUACUUUCACAGAUCAACCACAGGAAUGUGGUAAGGCUUCUAGGUUGUUGCUUAGAAGUGGAAGUUCCAAUGCUGGUCUAUGAAUUCAUCCCAAAUGGCACUUUGUUCGAGCAUAUACAUGGUAAAUACAGAACAACCUCCAUUUCACUGGAUGCUCGUCUACGGAUUGCUCAGGAAUCUGCAGAAGCACUAGCAUAUCUACAUUCAUCAGCAUCCCCUCCAAUAGUUCAUGGUGAUGUCAAAUCUCCCAACAUUCUCCUAGGUGACAACUACAUAACAAAAGUGACUGACUUUGGAGCAUCAAGGAUGCUUCCAAAAGAUGAAAUACAGUUUAUGACAAUGGUACAGGGGACUCUAGGCUACCUAGACCCAGAAUACUUACAAGAGCGCCAGCUAACACAGAAAAGUGAUGUUUAUAGCUUUGGAGUUGUGCUUCUAGAACUAAUAACAGGAAAGACUGCAAUUUAUUCUGAAAAUACUGAAGAAAAGAAAAGCCUUGCAUCAUCCUUCCUUCUGGCACUGAAAGAGAACAGACUUGAGUCCAUCUUGGACAGGAACAUAUUAGGUGUUGGAACAGAGCUGUUCCAAGAUGUUGCUCAACUGGCAAAAUGCUGCUUGAGUACAAAGGGGGAAGAACGGCCAUUAAUGACAGAAGUAGCUGAAAGGUUAAAAGCAAUAAGAAGCACCUGGCGUGAGCAAUUGAUUGAGGGUGCUAAUGAAGAAACUGUAUGUUUGCUUGAAAAUUCAUCACAGUAUGACCCUUCUACCACUGGACGACACGGAAGCUUGAUGGCGCUAGAUAUAGAAACUGGUAGAUGAUGAGUAUGCAAGUAUCAAUAAAUGGUUUUAGCAGAGUUUCGAUUAGCAUCUCCUGACAUAAAUAUCUUGUAAAAAUAUUUGUGUUCAAGAAUAAAAACUGCAGGAAAUCAAUGAAAACUUAUAUGUGACAUGAUUUUAUGA